CUUGUAUUAAUGCAUCAUUCUUUGUUGUUCCAAAUACAGAUUCUGGAAGAAAACAUGAAGUUAGAGUGCAAGUGCCAUGGGGUCUCGGGAUCCUGUACCACUAAAACAUGCUGGACAACUCUGCCUAAAUUCCGGGAGCUGGGCUACAUCCUUAAGGACAAAUACAAUGAAGCCGUUCAAGUUGAACCAGUGAGAGCAAGUCGUAACAAACGUCCAACCUUCCUCAAAAUAAAGAAGCCACUUUCCUAUCGCAAACCCAUGGAUACAGAUCUAGUGUACAUAGAAAAAUCUCCCAAUUAUUGUGAAGAAGACCCUGUCACUGGCAGCGUGGGAACACAGGGAAGGAUGUGCAACAAAACAGCCCAGCAGUCCAAUGGCUGCGAUCUAAUGUGCUGUGGUCGAGGUUACAAUACACACCAGUACUCCAGAGUGUGGCAAUGCAACUGCAAAUUUCAUUGGUGCUGCUAUGUUAAAUGCAACACAUGCAGUGAAAGAACAGAAGUAUAUACCUGUAAGUGAGUACAUGGCGGGACAGGCUGACAUGUCCCUGGCCAUGAAUACAUUUGCACAUGCACUCAACAUACCUACGCAAGACUGUAGGAAAGACCUGCUGUCCCAGAAGAAAUGCGAAUGAAU